AUGUUAGGAGGGGCAUUAUCAAAAACCUGGUGGGCACAUCGUAUCGCUCAUUUCUCGAUUCCUCAACCAAUACAAAGUGUGCGUGUGCUUUCGUCCGAAACGGACGAGUUCUAUGUUUCGCGCAUAUUGAUCGACUGGUUUUGGCCUAUAUAUCAUGAUUUUGAUCUCUAUAAAAUUGUCAUCUCAUAUGGGAUUGGAAAGAUUAAGAGUGAUAAGGAAAUAGAGGUGCUCAAAUCGGGACCAGUCCUACUAGACAAAUUAGAGCCAGCCCAAACCUACCAAAUCGCCGUCAAAAAUGAGUCGAUCGAGUUGGGACUCAAGUCAAAACCUGCCGAAAUUGAAAGGAUUACUCCUCCACUUAUCUCUUCCAUGAUAUCUCCGGGGAAGAUUACUUCAACAUCGAUCAACGUGAACUUUGAGGAAUCGGAUCUUGACCAAGGCCGAUUCGAUCACUACGAGCUGGUGAUUGUGGAAGCGAGAUCUGGUUCCCGCAUAAGUUAUGCAUCAAUGUAA